GAGCAGUCGAUCACUCGGUAGAGAUUUGUGUAUGCAUGGAUGGCUUUCCUCGGAUUACAGUGCACGUGCUGUGGGUCUGUUUCACCUUGCAGGAGAGCGUGAUGAUCUGCUUGUGAAGUGACGCACAGGAACUUUACACAGAUAUUUAUAUAUCUCUCUCUAUAUAUCUAUAUAUAUAUUUGCUCAGGUAUAAGGUAAGAUCACGGUUAUCCCUGCGAUAUUGUGCUGUUUUGUUAUAUAAAGUGCAGGUCAGGAGUGCUGCAGUGUUAUGCAAUCAACAGAAGAUCAUAUGGCAUUGAUCUGCUGAGCGACUGAUAGCGCAUCUAGCUGCUCAUCGUCAAAUGCCUGCGAAGAAGGAAUUAAAGUGGCGGUUCAGGGUUUAAAAAUAUUUGUUAUUUUAACGUCUUAUGGGAGAUAGAAAUGGGAAUACCUGGAGUUCUCAGUGUCUUGUGAGUUGUGUAAAGUUGUGAUGUAGCGGUGGCCCUUGUGCAGGGGAAAGUAGAUCAUGCUUAAAAGGUCACCAGAUGACGAAAUUUGCAUGUUCGUUGAAUCGCCAUGAUUGUAUACAAAGAUGUGUUAUACAAACAAGGAAGAUUUUCUGAAGAAUAGAAUAUGUUUUAAUCACAAAAGAAUAGAAAAUCAUAUUACAAUAGAAUAUAACAGAAUUUUUUUUAUCAUAAUAGAACAUAACAGAAUAAAGUUUUACCAUGAUAGAAUAUAACAGAAUAAAGUUUUAUCACAGUAGAAUAAAAUACAGUGGAGUUUUAUCACAAUAGAAUAGAAUAGAAGAUAAUACAUUCUAACUUAUUUAUUUAUUUAUGUUUUUUUUUUUGCUUGUUUGGUUGUUUUUAAACAGAAGUAAUGUUUGGGUACAGCACCGCAAGCUAUUUACUUAUUUACCACCUACUAUCAUUUCUAUCAAGAACAAAAGAAACAAAAAGAAGUAAAUGGUUUUUGGAAGGAAUGACUCUGUUUUAUUAUUUAAGGGAUAAUCCAUGGCCGGGUGUGCAUUAGACGAUUUUAAUAUACAAUGUGGAGGAAAAGAAGCACCCGACACAAAGCGGAGUAGGGAUGUGCACUACGACUGAUUUCAUUGGCGUUUAAACAGAAAUUGCGUAACAGACUAGUCAACUGGUCUAAAAGAAAGAAACACCCAGAAGACGGUCAAAAAACACUAUGGGGAUCUAUCCAUUUGAGAUCCUUAAUUUACGAAACCGAACAGUCAAAUCUCAUACUGAAUGCCAUUGAAAAAUAGGUCAUAUAUAUGCGAUGUGGUUGCCUUGCAUUAUGGUCAUUGUACAUUAGGCUGUCGUUAAAAAAAAAAAAAACAAGCAUUCACUUAAUCAACGUUUGCCAAUAGAGACAUAUUUAUUCAAAUCAACUGAAUCAAUAGGCAGUGGAAUUGUUAUAUAUUAGUUUGACAUAGCAUAGCCUACACAAAACUUUUCCAUUUUCUUCUGUCAAAAUACUCCCACACCUUGCUCGUCUUUCCAGUGGACAUGUCUCUAAGCCAUGAGUGACAGGGAGAAAACGCAUGCAAGGUCUGAGGUGAAAUGAAUUUUUUUUCGUUUUUCGCUCCAGAUAGCACUUUUCAAAAUAAUGUAUUACUUUUCAAAUGUGACGUUAAUGUGACAGUAAUUUGAACAUAGCCUUUGUAAAAAUAUAAAGCAAAACCUAAAUGUGUAAAAAAAAAAAAAAAAAAAAAAAAAAAGUAUGUAACCGACUAGUAUUUCCAAUGUUGACUAGCAGCAGCUGAACCAUUUAGUCGACUAGUCUCACACAUCGCUACUGCAGACUGCAUUAAAAUUGUGUAAUGUACACAAAUUUACAUUGUGAUUUUGAUUAUUACAUUUGAUUAUCCUGCUUAUACCGUGGUCACUUGCCAGCGUUGACAAGUUAAAGCUGUCACUGAUGAUACAACCUGCAAAACCCUGACAGUUUAUACACAAAACUGCCUUAAUAUGAGUGAGAAUUCCUUCUGAUAUAUUUAUUAAAAUAAGCAUAAAUAUAGUAAUAUCACAAGGUUUUUAAAAGGUUGUUGUCUUGCAUCACUCUUUCUCAUUACAUAUACAGAAGAUGCUCUAGAUGUCAUAUGUGAAAUCAACAGUUUUCUUUCUGUCCAGGUUUUGCCUGAAAUAUGAAGUACAUCUUGGUCACUGGUGGUGUUAUAUCUGGAAUUGGUAAAGGUAUUAUUGCCAGCAGUGUGGGAACAAUCCUCAAAUCCUGCGGCCUCCAUGUCACCGCCAUCAAGAUCGAUCCUUACAUUAAUAUUGACGCAGGCACAUUCUCUCCCUAUGAGCACGGUGAAGUGUUUGUGCUGGAUGAUGGUGGUGAAGUAGAUCUGGAUUUGGGAAACUACGAACGCUUUCUGGAUAUCCGGCUAACCAAAGACAACAACCUGACUACUGGGAAGAUUUAUCAGUCUGUUAUCACGAAAGAGAGGAGAGGGGAUUAUCUUGGCAAAACUGUGCAAGUGGUACCACACAUCACCGAUGCCAUUCAGGAAUGGGUUAUGCAGCAAGCCAAAGUGUCAGUGGAUGAUGAUGGGGUUGAGCCACAAGUCUGUGUCAUAGAGUUAGGAGGCACCGUUGGAGACAUUGAAAGCAUGCCUUUCAUAGAAGCAUUCAGGCAGUUCCAGUUCAAAGUGAAACGUGAGAACUUCUGCAACAUUCAUGUCAGUCUUGUUCCACAGCCCAGUACUACAGGAGAGCAGAAGACUAAACCUACACAAAACAGUGUGCGAGAGCUCCGUGGUCUGGGCCUGUCACCUGAUCUGAUCGUUUGCCGAUGUUCUACACCCCUGGAAGCUGCAGUGAAAGAGAAGAUCUCUAUGUUUUGUCAUGUAGAGCCAGAGCAGGUCAUCUGCAUACAUGAUGUGUCCUCAGUCUAUAAAGUUCCACUACUCAUGGAGGAUCAGGGAAUGGUGGAUUUUUUUUGCAGAUGGCUGAACCUGCCCAUUGAGACAAAACCCCGCAGGAUGCUCACCAAAUGGAAAGAAAUGUCAGAUAGAACUAACCGCCUUUUGGAAAGCACAUCGAUCGCAUUAGUUGGAAAAUACACCAAAUUUUCAGACUCCUACGCAUCAGUGAUUAAAGCACUGGAACAUUCAGCCCUUGCAAUCAACUACAAGCUAGAGGUGAAAUACAUAGACUCUGCAUAUCUGGAGCAGAGCACAGAGCUUCAAGACCCGGUGAAGUAUCACGAGGCCUGGCAGAAGCUCUGCAGUGCUGAUGGUGUUUUGGUACCAGGAGGCUUUGGGGUACGAGGCACUGAGGGAAAGAUUCAUGCUAUUAACUGGGCAAGGAAACAGAAAAAACCCUUUUUAGGUGUUUGUCUGGGCAUGCAGCUUGCUGUCUGUGAAUUUGCUCGCAAUGUACUUGGCUGGAAAGAUGCCAACUCUACUGAAUUCGAUCCUGACACAAAGUACCCUGUAGUGAUUGAAAUGCCAGAACAUAAUCCGGGACAAAUGGGUGGCACUAUGAGAUUGGGGAAAAGGCGAACCAUCUUCAAAGGCACCACAAGUAUUCUCAGAAAAUUGUAUGGAGAUGUUGAAUAUGUUGAGGAACGACACAGACAUCGUUUUGAGGUGAAUCCAGAGCUAAAACACCAUUUGGAGGAAAAAGGCCUCCGUUUUGUGGGCCAGGACCAGGAGGGUGAACGAAUGGAAAUCAUUGAAAUGGCAGAUCAUGCUUACUUUGUGGGAGUGCAAUACCAUCCGGAGUUCACCUCUCGCCCCAUUAAGCCUUCCCCACCCUACUUUGGCCUGCUUUUAGCAGCUGCAGGAAAACUACAGAACUACCUGCUCAAAGGGUGCAGACUUUCACCACGAGACACAUACAGUGACCACAGUGGCAGUAGUUCUCCUGAUUUGGAGCUCUCUGAACUCAAAUUCCCAAUACUCGCAUAGAAGGGAUAUGCUCACACACAGUGGACAAGCACAAGGGAAAUGAAAAGCUUUUUACUUUUAUCUUUACCUUAAGACAAAUCCUGUCAUCAUGUCAGCAUUAUUAUUUAUACUGAUUGUACUAUUGAUCAUUUUGUAUGAGAGUCGAAGAGACCUAUUACCGUUUAACGGCGUUAAUGUUUUAUGCAAUCACUACAGCAGAACACAAAAUGAAUAAAUUAACUCAAAUAUAAGAUUUAAAUGACCAUUUAUAGAGUGUUGGGAUCUAGAGAAAUAUUUAUAUGUGUAGAAAAGUAUUUUGCAUGUGGAAAGAUAACAAACUGUCAGGGAUUAAUAAUACAUGUUGCAUCUUUAAAUAAACAAUACAAAAUGUUUAUAUUGCCAUAAUAAACUAGAAAUGGUGCUACAA